AUGCCAUCAGGCGACCAGAGCCAGGAUGUCUUCCGCAUCGCCGCCUUUUCGGGCUUCACGGGCGACAACUGGCGCGCACUGAAGCAGCAGGCGAGCCAGGCGCCAGUGCUGUUUGGCGACUACCUCGCCGAGAUGCGCACCCGCGACCCGUCGCUGGGGUACGAACAGCCGUUCCUGCAGCACGUGCGUCUGGCGGCAGACGAGAUCAAGACGUACCGUCCCAAGAUCCUCACAAAUGCGGGCGCGCUGAACCCGCGCGGGUGUGCCGAGGCCGUGUCCCGCCUCUUCGCCGAACUGGGCAUCGAGGGAAUGAAAAUAGCCUAUGUGGAGGGGGACGACCUGAUGUCGCGCCUCGACUCUCUCGCCGAGGCCGGGGAGGACUUCCACCAUCUCGAAGACACGGAGCGCAAGUUGAGGGAUUGGGGCUUGAAGCCCGCCAGCGCGAAUGCCUACGUCGGCGCGCGGGGGAUCUACGAGGCCCUCAAAGCCGGCGCGGACAUGGUCAUCUCUGGCCGGUGCACGGAUGCGUCUCCGCUCAUUGCCGCUGCGGCGUGGCACCAUGGUUGGCGCUGGGACGAGUACGGCCCCCUUGCUGGCGCGCUGCUGGCAGGGCACUGCCUCGAGUGUGGCGGGUAUGUGACUGGCGGCAACAGCUCCGGCUUCCUCAACAUUGGCCCGUACCACGACUUGACGAUGGGCAUAGCCGAGAUUGCGCGCGACGGCACGUUCCUCGUGACCAAGCAGCCGGGCACGAACGGCGUCGUCAACGCGAAUACAGUGAGGAGCCAGAUCCUGUACGAGAUCCAGGGCAACAUAUACCUGAACCCGGACGUGACGGCGGACAUCCGCGACAUUGUCGUGACGGAUCUCGGAAACGACCGCGUGAGGGUCACGGGGGUGAAGGGCCUUCCGCCGCCCGAUACGACCAAGGCGGCCAUCUGCGCCGUGGCGGGGUAUCAAGCCGAGGCGAUGAUCUUCGCAACGGGUCUGGACGUGGAGGCCAAGUUUGCCGCGCAUCGCGAGCAGAUCCGGCGAUACUUUGGGAAGGAGCUCGCCAAGUUCAGCGUGUUCGAUAUGACGCAGUAUGGCGUCGCGGCGACAAAUCCAGAGACAGAAGCCCAGGGCACGGCCAUGAUGCGUAUCCUUGCGCAGAGCCGGGAGCUCGACGCGUUCGGGCCGACGCAGAGUCUCUGGCCCUUCGUGAAUCCGGAGGGGCUAGGGCAUUACCCCGGCUUCCAGUGGCAGCUUGACUUGAGGACCGCCGUGCCCACCCCCUUCAUGGAGUAUUGGCCCGGAAGGGUACGACAGUGCCACCUCCCCCUCGAAGUGCGCUUUGUCGGGAGCGAGGAGAAGAUCACGGCCAGCCCGCCCGACCACACCGCCCCGCGCGUCAUCAGUGAGGACUACGACAGCACUGAGCCCUGUGCCUCCCUCGAGCAAGGCGCGACCGUCGAGGGCCCGCUGGGGUGGAUCGUCCACGCCCGCAGCGGCGAUAAGGGCGGAAACGCCAACGUGGGUCUCUUCGUGCGCCACGAGGACGAGUAUCCCUGGCUCAAAGCGCUGCUCUCGAAGCAAGGGCUGAUCAAGCUCCUCGGAAAGGAGUAUGACGGGUACCGUGUUGAGAGAGUUGAGUUCCCCGGCAUGCUGGCUGUGCAUUUUGUCAUUCACGACUAUCUCGGCAAGGGCGUCAGCUCCACGGUGCGCAUGGACAGCCUCGCCAAGGGCGUGGCUGAGUUUAUUCGCGCGAGGUACGUCGACUUGCCCGCCAGGUUUGUGGAGAGGGGCAAGAUCUAG